AUGCUCGUCACCCUCUUCGUCACCAGUCUGCUGGGCGCAGCUGCCGCUGCCGCCGCCGCCGCCCAGUCCAGCCCACAGGUGGACAAAGAUGUCACCGCCAAAUUCGACGAUCGCACCGGUCUCCCGACACUCGGAUCGACGGUGGGCAUUUACCAAGGCCUGCAGUUCAAGAACUUCGACGUCGUGCUUGAGUCGCUCCCGGUGGUCAACGGCCAGGUCACUGGAGUAACCCCUCAGAGCAAGGCCAAUGCCGCAGGUUUUGGCACCGUGACCAGCACGCUGCAGGGCCCAAGCUCCCUCCUCGCGCAGUACCCUGGCAGCACCACGAACAGUUUCGAUCUCAAUGCUUUCUUCUUCGGAUGCAUCCUCAAUGGACUCAACACUGAAGCUACCACACCCAUCUCAUGCGACGUGAUCGUGAGAGGGUUUCGAGGAGCCAGGCGUGUUGCCACGUCCAAGUUCGAAUUCAAGGCCACUCCUCCAGUGCAACCGAUGAAGAAGGUGACAUUGAACUCACGCUUCGAACGCGUGGACCGUGUCACUUUCGAGUUGGAUGCCGGCGCCUUGACCGUCUUCCUUGCGGACAACUUCCAGUACACCCUUCAUCAGACGUAG